AUGGAAAACAACUGGACGGGCGAAUCCCCGCGUAUGGAGUCCAUUGAGCUACAAUCCAACCUCACCAACACCUCAGUCAGCCUGCAGGAGAACUUCCAAAUCGACCUGGAAGACACCAACUGGAUUCUGACCUCCUCCUUUAUCAUCUUCACCAUGCAAACCGGCUUUGGUAUGCUGGAAUCUGGCUGCGUAUCGAUAAAAAAUGAAGCCAACAUUAUGAUGAAGAAUAUGGCAGACAUCUCCCUCGGUGGUCUAACCUACUGGAUCUUCGGGUACGGGCUCUCCUACGGCGAGGGCAAAUGGUCAAACCCGGUCGUCGGAGUGGGAGAUUUUCUGGUGGACCCACCUGUAGGAGACGCGCUCAUGGGGCCGGUGUUCGCGUCAUUCCUCUUCCAGCUAAGCUUUGCGACAACAGCCACUACCAUCGUCAGCGGGGCUAUGGCUGAGAGGUGCAACUUCAAGGCUUACUGCCUGUUCUCAUUCCUGAACACGGUGGUGUACUGCGUGCCGGCGGGCUGGGUGUGGGGAGAACACGGCUUCCUCAAUAAGCUAGGCGCUGUAGAUAUCGCCGGCUCUGGACCUGUACAUCUUAUAGGCGGUUCGUCGGCAUUUGCCUCAGCGCUUAUGCUGGGCCCACGGUUGGGUCGGUACGCGCACGGCACCGCGCCACUGCCGCUGGGCAAUCCUGUCAACGCCAUCAUGGGCACCUUCGUGUUAUGGUGGGGCUGGCUUGCCUUCAACUCCGGGAGUACUUAUGGGGUAAGCGGGGCGAAGUGGCAAUACGCAGCGCGCGCGUCGGUUAUGACGAUGAUGGGUUCUUGUGGUGGUGGUGUAUUCGGUAUACUGUUCACCAUGAUCAAGAACAAAGGCAGAGCUGACGUGAUGGAGUUGAUCAACAGUGUUCUGGGGUCCCUUGUAGCUGUUACUGCUGGGUGCUUCCUGUACCGAGCAUGGGAGGCUCUGGUCAUCGGAGCUAUAGGAGCGCUGGUCACGUCACUGGCCGGGCCCCUCAUAGACCGGCUGCGGGUCGAUGAUCCUGUCGGUGCCUCGGCCGUCCACGGCGCAGCUGGGCUUUGGGGCGUGAUAGCAGUUGGCCUCUUCGCUGACAAUCCCAUACCCAUGGAAACCACCAACGGCAGAUCCGGCCUGUUCAAAGGAGGCGGCUGGUACCUCCUCGGCGUGCAGACGCUCAUGGCGGUAUGUCUGAUGGCGUGGGCACUAUCAGUGACGAUGCUGCUGCUGUGGAUCAUUGACAAGGUGCUGCCGAUACGCAUGGACCCAUAUGAAGAGUUGCUGGGCGCUGACUUGACUGAUCAUAGAAUACGACAUGGGAAUAUCCGUGACCUUCAGCUGCUGAAUCACCACAAAUUCACCAACAAAGGGUUCGACGAAUUGACAGAACCGAACGUUUUCAAAAACAACGGCUUUUUGAACAAACGACCUGGCAACCCCGAGAACGACUUACACAAAGCAAUCGACUCGAUGUCCCACGAAAUUGGCAACCCUAAAAAGGAAACGGAAAUACUUGGUAUCCUUCCUGAAGGAAUAAAAGGGAAACGGUUAAAAGAAUUGACUGAGAGUGAGCGCGCUCAGUGCGAAGAGUUCGGUGCUAGCGAAGAUAGAUUUAGACAUAAGUUUACUAAGGACCAUUAUAAGAGGGAUCAAAUAAGGGGGGACCUGCCCACUCCUCCCACUGUUGCGUGGGUCGAAUAACCGACUAUUACCUAUAGUCCGGUCGCAGAGCGCUUAGAAAUUCGAAACCAAUCACUACUUGUGUCUUUCCUUUGCGAUAGCAAUAUUUUUGGAUGAGUGUCAAAGAGACGAGCGAUAGAUCGAUGUACGAACUUCUAUCUAAUUCGCGACCGGACUUUAGAAUCUAGAAACCUAAAAAGAUUUACAGUAACGUAUCUUUAAUAUACCAUAAAUUGUU